UUUCUCCCUGCUCUGUUUGUUUGCCGAGAAAGAGUUGGGAAAAAUGAAGACUUGAUGUCUUUACUUCUAGCAAUUUCUGCUCUUAGACUCUUCGGAUUUUUCUUAUCUGCGUCUCGUGGACUGGCAAAUUAAUUUCUUUUGUUCAGUUUGAUUGAGUUCUGGCGCUGGGUUGACUUAUCUGGGUUAACUUUGAAAAUGUAUUGAUGUUGGUAUCAUGUUAUCUAUUUCUUUUGGUUGUUAGUAUGGAUUCCAUUACACUUAAAACUCCAGCAAACGGGAGCAUAUUUUCAUGUGUUUUCACGGAAUCCUGCCAAUUAUCCUUGAUUGGUUUAUUUCUGCGUGAGGUAAACUUUCCAAGAUACUAUUACACACUAUUGAGGUCAACUUUCUAAGAUACAGUUACGGCAUUACCCACUAUUUUGGCAAUUAACUGAAUCCCCCCAGUAAGAGAACAUGGUAAAUAAGUACAAUGUUCGUGGGACGGGAUGGAGGUUGUACCCAUGUCGGGUGGGACGAAGUGGAGAUGAUAAAAGGGUUUGAUUACAUCCAGGAGAGGUAUGCUUGAAGUGAAGCGACACUACAAUGUGUUACAUGAUCACUUGAAGUCUCAUUUCCCGUGGUUGCUUAUUUGGAGAAAAAGGGCUCCUCUCAGAGUCGUUUUCUUCACUUAACGUAUACGGCACUGGGGAAAAUUCUUACCUUGGAAAACUCUUUUACAUUGCGAGAGUGCCAACAUACUAUGGAGCAUAAUCUUCAAUCUCUUUGGGAUUUAAUUGUGUGAUGCCUUCGCAAGUUGGUUCUACUGUGUGUAUUUUGGUGUUUAUGGAGGGAAAGGAACCAGCAUUGCUUUGAGGAUUUUGAAAAGUUGGUGUCGGAGUUAAAGUCGUUUGUUUCACCUUGUAUCAUUGGACAAAGGCCCAUUAUGGUGCUCCUUUCUCCACAUCUAAUCUUCAAGAUUUUUUUAUAGCAGGAGAGCAUAUUCCUGUGGAAGAACUGGCUGAAAAUGUGGUGGAGAUGUACAUGGAGGAUGUGAAACUAAAGUUUGAAGAAAUCUUUGUCCCAUUUCAGGAACUAUGCAAGACAAGAAAGGUGGAAACUUUGCUUCUGGAGGAUAAUGAUCCUGCAACUGCACUUCUUAGAUAUAUAUCUGAGUCAAGAAUUCAGAGUUUAGUAUUGGGCUCUUGCUCCUUAAAUUUUGUUAUGAGGAAGCUAAAGGGACCAGGAGUACCGACAGCUGUUCUGAGAGGUGUUUCUGGCAGUUGCGAUAUUUAUAUUGUAUCUAGAUGCAAUAUACUUACAAAACCAGCUGGUUCCUCAUCCGCUGGUGAGACCAAUUCUAAGCAUGUGAUGUAUACUGAAAGAGAUUAUGGGGAAGUUUCCAGCGACAAUACUGAACAAAUAUCUGGGCUUCAUUCUCCCCAUGUAGAACCCAAGGUUCAAAAAAGCUUUGGAGCAUCAUCAAUAUCACAGCUUAGUUACCUGAAUUCUCAAACAUCAACAAAUAUGGAUUCUUCUGCAAAUGUGAAUUCUUCUGAAAAUGCCAGUUUAGAUCAGGAAGGGAAUCACCGCAACGUUGGAGGCGACAUUGAAACUAUCAAGCGCUGCAAUUCCUUCUUCUCUACAAUAUCUGGGCAGUCGGAUAUGCAAGCUGAAGUAGAACAACUGAGACUAGAAAUUCAGAAUACUGUUGCCUUGUAUGAACGAGCCUGUGAAGAGCUGGUUCAUGCUCAAAUCAAUGUCGAGUUACUUUCUUCUGAAUGCCUUGAAGAGGCUAGAAGAGUGAAUGCUGGUCUAGAAAGAGAAGAAGCUCUUAGAAAAAUUGCUGCUGAAGAUAAAGCCAAGUAUUUGGAAGCUAUAAAGGAGGUUCAGGAGGCAAAAAAGGUGCUUGCUAAAGAGGCUAAUGAAAGGAAGAUAGCUGAACUGAAUGCCCUCAAGGCUUCCUUAGGGAAACAGACAAUUGUUGAUGCACUAUUCUCUGGCGACUUGAGGUACAGAAGGUAUACUAGGGAUGAAAUAGAGGCAGCAACAGAAUUCUUCUCUGAGAGUAACGUGAUUGGUGAAGGUGGGUAUGGGAAAGUUUACAAGUGCAGUCUUGAUCACACUCCAGUAGCUGUAAAGGUUCUAAGUCAUGAUGCAACUGGCAAGAAAGAGGAGUUUCUCAAAGAGGUUGAAGUUCUAAGCCAGCUGCGCCAUCCCAACGUGGUUUUGUUGCUUGGAGCCUGUCCUGAGAGUGGUUGCCUGGUCUAUGAAUACUUGGAAAAUGGAAGCUUGGAGGAAUAUAUUUUCCAUCGAAAUGGGAAAGCACCACUUCCUUGGUUCGUUCGGUUCCAGAUAGUUUUUGAAGUAGCUUGUGGACUUGCAUUCUUACAUAAUUCAAAGCCAGAUCCAAUUGUCCAUCGAGAUCUCAAACCGGGUAAUAUCUUGUUAGACCGAAAUAAUGUGAGCAAAAUUGGAGAUGUUGGGCUUGCUAAACUUAUUUAUGAUGUCGUGCCUGACGAUGUCACGGAGUACAGAGAAUCAAUCCUUGCUGGCACACUUUGCUACAUGGACCCAGAAUAUCUUAGAACUGGCACCAUCCGACCCAAGUCAGAUUUAUAUGCUUUUGCGGUCAUAACCUUCCAGCUGUUAACAGGCCGGCAACCAAAUGGCCUGCCGUUGAUUAUUGAAAAUGCCAUUACAAACGACUCCCUUCCUGACAUCCUAGAUAAGUCAGUCAGAGAUUGGCCAUUGGCUGAAACAGAGGAAUUAACUCGAAUUGCACUGAGGUGUUCCAAACUCAGAUGCAGGGAUAGACCAGAUCUUGACACCGAAGUUCUGCCGGUCCUCAAAAGAGUUAGUGAAGUUGCAAAAGCUAGUUUGAGAAUAGAAAGAGAGAAUAUUUAUGCACCAAAGCACUACUUCUGCCCAAUCCUACAGGAAAUCAUGGAUGACCCACACAUUGCUGCUGAUGGUUUUACUUAUGAGCACGAAGCAAUUAAGGCAUGGCUCAAGAAACAUAAUGUAUCCCCUGUGACAAGACACAGACUCCAGCAUUUUACUUUAACUCCAAACCACACGCUACGUUCUGCCAUCCAGGAGUGGAGAUCACGUGUGACAUUUACACAUGCCUAGAAUUAUUAUAAGUAAUUGUUGUUGGUUUGUGCAA